GUUUAUUUAUCGUAUUGUUUCCAUUUAUUCUCAGUCAGUUUCUUAAAAAAAUACAUUUUUUAUAAUAUAUAAAUGGACUUUCAGAAUCGAGCGGGCUCCAAGCCAGGCGCCGGUGCGCUCAUGUCACACUCAGAGUCGAACGUGGCUCGCCGCGACCGGCUGCGCAAACUCGCAUUAGAAACCAUCGACAUUGAGAGCGAUCCGUACUUUAUGCGCAACCACCUGGGGUCGUACGAGUGCAAGCUAUGUUUGACGCUGCACAAUAAUGAGGGCUCGUAUCUGGCGCAUACACAAGGCAAGAAGCACCAGGCCAACCUGGCACGGCGCGCGGCACUCGAUGCCAGGGAGAGCGAGAACGCAGCGCCAGCGCGCGCGACAACAGCACCCAAGGUGAAAAAGAAUGUUGUUAAGAUUGGUAGACCCGGGUACAAGGUCACUAAAAUACGGGACCCGAACACGAAGCAGUUUGGUUUGUUGUUUGAGAUCACAUACCCGGAGGUCACAGACGACACUAAGCCCAGGCACAGGUUCAUGUCUGCGUACGAACAGCGCAUCGAGGCGCCGAAUAAGCAGUUUCAGUACUUGAUUUUUGCUGCCGAGCCCUAUGAGACCAUUGCAUUCAAGGUGCAGAGCAGAGAAGUCGAUAUGCGGCCUGGGAAAUUCUGGUCGCAUUGGGACAAGGACACGAGAAAGUUCACGCUGCAGUUUUUCUUCCGCAAUCCCACACGCGCACCAUAUGGCGGCGGCUACCACCAAAGGGCUACUGGUGCCAAUGCGGUUGCUGCAUCCGGCGCUGUCAACCCACUCAAUCCGUACCUGACGCAGCAGUCUUCAUGAGUGUUGUUGAUACAAAAUAUAUUUAAUGUAAAAAGUGAAAUAGAAGAAAAGAUGAGAGAAGG